GCCUGAGAGUUGUUGUUUCCUCCUCCUCCUCCUCCGCCUCCGCCGCCGUUGCUUGAAUGGUGGAGCCGAGGCUGGGCUCGUGAACACACACUGACAGCUAUAGGGCAGGCGGCGGCACCAUCCCCGCUUCCCCUCGGCGGCGGGGUGUCCCGCCGGCGGCCCUGAAGUGACCCAUAAACAUGUCUUGUGAGAGGAAAGGCCUCUCGGAGCUGCGAUCGGAGCUCUACUUCCUCAUCGCCCGGUUCCUGGAAGAUGGACCCUGUCAGCAGGCGGCUCAGGUGCUGAUCCGCGAGGUGGCCGAGAAGGAGCUGCUGCCCCGCCGCACCGACUGGACCGGGAAGGAGCAUCCCAGGACCUACCAGAAUCUGGUGAAGUAUUACAGACAUUUAGCACCUGAUCACUUGCUGCAAAUAUGUCAUCGGCUAGGACCUCUUCUUGAACAAGAAAUUCCACAAAGCGUUCCUGGAGUACAAACUUUAUUAGGAGCUGGAAGACAGUCCUUGCUACGCACAAAUAAAAGCUGCAAGCAUGUUGUGUGGAAAGGAUCUGCUCUGGCUGCAUUGCAUUGUGGAAGACCACCUGAGUCACCAAUUAACUAUGGUAGCCCACCCAGCAUUGCGGAUACUUUGUUUUCACGGAAGCUGAAUGGGAAAUACAGGCUUGAGCGACUUGUUCCAACGGCGGUCUAUCAGCACAUGAAAAUGCAUAAGCGAAUUCUUGGACACUUGUCAUCUGUCUACUGUGUAACUUUUGAUAGAACUGGCAGACGGAUAUUUACUGGUUCUGAUGACUGCCUUGUGAAAAUCUGGGCAACAGAUGAUGGAAGAUUAUUAGCUACUUUAAGAGGACAUGCAGCUGAAAUAUCAGACAUGGCUGUAAACUAUGAGAAUACCAUGAUAGCAGCUGGAAGUUGUGAUAAAAUGAUCCGAGUCUGGUGUCUUCGAACAUGUGCACCUUUGGCUGUUCUUCAAGGCCACAGUGCAUCUAUAACAUCACUACAGUUCUCACCAUUGUGCAGUGGCUCAAAGAGAUAUCUAUCUUCUACAGGGGCAGAUGGCACUAUUUGUUUUUGGCUGUGGGAUGCUGGAACCCUUAAAAUAAAUCCAAGACCUGCUAAAUUUACAGAGCGCCCUCGGCCUGGAGUUCAAAUGAUCUGUUCUUCUUUUAGUGCUGGUGGCAUGUUUCUGGCCACAGGAAGCACGGAUCAUAUUAUUCGGGUUUAUUUUUUUGGAUCAGGUCAGCCAGAGAAAAUAUCAGAAUUGGAGUUCCAUACUGACAAAGUUGACAGUAUCCAGUUUUCCAACACUAGUAACAGAUUUGUGAGUGGGAGCCGUGAUGGGACAGCACGUAUUUGGCAAUUUAAACGAAGAGAAUGGAAGAGCAUUUUGUUGGAUAUGGCUACUCGUCCGGCAGGCCAAAACCUUCAAGGGAUAGAAGAUAAAAUCACAAAAAUGAAAGUAACUAUGGUAGCAUGGGAUCGACAUGACAAUACAGUUAUAACUGCAGUUAAUAACAUGACUCUGAAAGUUUGGAAUUCUUACACCGGUCAACUAAUUCAUGUCCUGAUGGGUCAUGAAGAUGAGGUAUUUGUCCUUGAGCCACACCCGUUCGAUCCGAGAGUUCUCUUUUCUGCUGGUCACGAUGGAAAUGUGAUAGUGUGGGAUCUGGCAAGAGGAGUCAAAAUUCGAUCUUACUUCAAUAUGAUUGAAGGCCAAGGACAUGGUGCAGUAUUUGACUGCAAAUGCUCUCCUGAUGGUCAGCAUUUUGCAUGCACAGACUCUCAUGGACAUCUUCUAAUUUUUGGUUUUGGCUCCAGUAGCAAAUAUGACAAGAUAGCAGAUCAGAUGUUCUUUCAUAGUGAUUAUCGGCCCCUUAUUCGUGAUGCCAACAACUUUGUAUUAGAUGAACAGACUCAGCAAGCACCUCACCUCAUGCCUCCUCCUUUUUUGGUUGAUGUUGAUGGUAACCCUCAUCCAUCAAGAUAUCAGAGAUUAGUUCCUGGUCGUGAAAAUUGUAGGGAGGAGCAACUCAUCCCUCAAAUGGGAGUAACUUCCUCAGGACUGAAUCAAGUUUUAAGUCAGCAAGCAAACCAGGAGAUCAGCCCACUGGACAGCAUGAUUCAAAGACUACAACAGGAGCAAGACCUGAGACGUUCUAGUGAAGCAGGUAUCAGUAAUACCAGCCGUUUAAAUAGAGGCUCUGUAAGUUCUACCUCAGAGGUUCAUUCACCACCAAAUGUAGGACUAAGACGUAGUGGACAAAUUGAAGGUGUACGGCAGAUGCACAGCAAUGCACCAAGAAGUGAAAUAGCCACAGAACGGGAUCUGGUAGCUUGGAGUCGAAGGGUUGUGGUACCUGAGCUAUCAGCCGGUGUAGCCAGGCAGGAAGAAUGGAGAACUGCAAAGGGAGAAGAAGAAAUAAAAACUUACAGGUCAGAAGAGAAAAGAAAACACUUCGCUGUUCCAAAAGAAAAUAAAAUACCCACUGUUGCAAAGAAUCAUGCUCAUGAGCAUUUCCUGGAUCUUGGAGAAUCCAAACGGCAGCAGACAAAUCAACACAAUUAUCGUACAAGAUCUGCAUUGGAAGAGACUCCUAGACCUUCAGAAGAGAUAGAAAAUGGCACUAGUUCUUCAGAUGAAGGGGAAGUUGUUGCUGUCAGUGGUGGAACGUCUGAAGAGGAUGAGAGAGCAUGGCACAGUGAUGGCAGUUCUAGUGACUACUCUAGUGAUUAUUCUGACUGGACAGCAGAUGCAGGAAUUAAUCUGCAGCCACCAAAGAAAAUUCCUAAGCAUAAAACCAAGAAAGCAGAAAGCAGUUCAGAUGAAGAAGAAGAAUCUGAAAAACAGAAGCAAAAACAGAUUAAAAAGGAAAGGAAAAAAGUAAAUGAAGAAAAAGAUGGACAAAUAUCACCAAAGAAAAAGAAACCCAAAGAAAGAAAACAAAAGUAUUACAACAGGAUCUGUGUGCCACUGAAUUUAUGUGGGACAGACUUUAAAUAUCAUGAGAGAUUGGCUGUAGGAGAACUCACGGAAAAUGGUUUGACAUUAGAAGAAUGGUUACCUUCAACAUGGAUUACAGAUACUCUUCCCCGAAGAUGUCCAUUUGUGCCACAGAUGGGAGAUGAGGUUUAUUAUUUCCGGCAAGGACAUGAAGCAUAUGUUGAAAUGGCCCGGAAAAAUAAGAUUUAUAGUAUCAAUCCCAAAAAACAGCCGUGGCAUAAAAUGGAACUACGGGAACAAGAACUGAUGAAAAUAGUUGGCAUAAAGUAUGAAGUAGGAUUACCUACCCUUUGCUGCCUUAAACUUGCUUUUCUUGAUCCUGACACUGGUAAACUGACGGGUGGAUCAUUUACCAUGAAAUACCAUGAUAUGCCUGAUGUUAUAGAUUUCCUAGUCUUGAGACAACAGUUUGAUGACGCAAAAUAUAGGCGGUGGAACAUAGGUGACCGUUUCAGAUCAGUCAUAGAUGAUGCCUGGUGGUUUGGAACAAUUGAAAGCCAGGAACCUCUUCAGCCUGAGUACCCUGAUAGUUUGUUUCAGUGCUAUAACGUUUGCUGGGACAAUGGAGAUACAGAAAAGAUGAGUCCUUGGGAUAUGGAGCUUAUUCCUAAUAAUGCUGUAUUUCCUGAAGAACUAGGUACCAGUGUUCCUUUAACUGAUGUUGAAUGCAGAUCAUUGAUCUAUAAACCUCUUGAUGGAGAAUGGGGUUCCAAUCCCAGGGAUGAAGAAUGUGAAAGAAUUGUUGCAGGAAUAAACCAGUUGAUGACACUAGAUAUUGCUUCAGCGUUUGUGGCCCCUGUAGAUCUGCAAGCCUAUCCCAUGUAUUGCACUGUAGUGGCGUAUCCAACGGAUUUAAGUACAAUUAAACAAAGACUGGAAAACAGGUUUUACAGGCGAGUUUCUUCCCUAAUGUGGGAAGUUCGAUAUAUAGAGCAUAAUACACGAACAUUUAAUGAGCCUGGAAGCCCUAUUGUGAAAUCUGCUAAGUUUGUGACUGAUCUUCUUCUACAUUUUAUAAAGGAUCAGACUUGUUACAACUUAAUUCCACUGUACAAUUCAAUGAAGAAGAAAGUUUUGUCCGAUUCUGAGGAAGAAGAGAAAGAUGCUGAUGUGCCAGGAACUUCUACCCGAAAAAGAAAGGACCAUCAGCCUAGAAGGAGAUUACGUAACAGAGCUCAAUCUUACGAUAUUCAAGCAUGGAAGAAACAAUGUCAAGAAUUAUUAAAUCUCAUAUUUCAAUGUGAAGAUUCUGAGCCUUUCCGCCAGCCAGUAGAUCUCCUUGAAUAUCCAGACUACAGAGACAUCAUUGACACUCCAAUGGAUUUUGCUACUGUUAGAGAAACUUUAGAGGCUGGGAAUUAUGAGUCACCCAUGGAAUUAUGUAAAGAUGUCAGACUUAUUUUUAGCAAUUCCAAAGCCUAUACACCAAGCAAAAGAUCAAGGAUUUACAGCAUGAGUUUGCGCCUGUCUGCUUUCUUUGAAGAACACAUUAGUUCAGUUUUAUCAGAUUAUAAAUCUGCUCUUCGUUUUCAUAAAAGAAAUACAAUAACCAAAAGGAGGAAGAAAAGAAACAGAAGCAGCUCUGUUUCCAGUAGUGCUGCAUCAAGCCCUGAAAGGAAAAAAAGGACCUUAAAACCCCAGCUAAAGUCAGAUAUCUCUACCUCUCCAUUCUCUACACCUACACGAUCAAUACCACCGAGGCAUAAUGCCACUCAGAUAAAUGGUAAAACAGAAUCCAGUUCUGUAGUUCGAACCAGAAGCAAUCGAGUGGUUGUAGAUCCAGUUACCACUGAGCAGCCAUCUACUUCUUCUGCAGCAAAGGCUUUAAUUUCAAAAGCUAAUACAUCUGCAAUGCCAGGGAAAACAAUUCUAGAAAAUUCUGUGAAACAUUCCAAAACCUUGAAUACUCUUUCAAGUCCUGGUCAGUCCAGUAUUAGUCAUGGCACUAGGAAUAAUUCUGCAAAAGAAAACACAGAAAAGGAAAAGCCAGUCAAACGUAAAGUGAAAUCAUCUGUACUCUCAAAAACAUCCACUGUUGCAAAGUCAUCACCCGUCAUGGAGCAAGCAGAUUGCAGGAACAAUGCUCUUGUACCAGGAAGCAUUCAAGUAAAUGGCCAUGGAGGUCAGCCAUCUAAACUUGUAAAGAGAGGACCUGGAAGGAAGCCUAAGGUAGAAGUUAACACCAAUAGUGGUGAAGUUAUACACAAGAAAAGGGGUAGAAAGCCCAAAAAACUACAGUAUGCAAAGCCAGAAAACUCAGAGCAAAAUAAUGUACAUUCAAUCAGAGACGAAGUAGUUCCUUCUUCAACAUGCAGUUUUCUUUCUGAAACUAAUACUGUAAAGGAGGAUCUGUUACAGAAAAAAAGUCGUGGAGGCAGAAAACCGAAAAGGAAGAUGAAGACACAAAAACUAGAUUCAGAUCUCAUAGUUCCUACAAGUGUUAAAAUGCUAAGGAGAAGUAACCGAAAAAAGACAGAUGAUCCUAUGGAUGAGGAAGAAGAGUUUGAGGAACUUAAAGGCUCUGAACCCCACAUGAGAACUAGAAACCAAGGUCGAAGGACAGCUUUCUAUAAUGAGGAUGAUUCUGAAGAGGAGCAAAGGCAGCUGUUGUUCGAAGACACCUCUUUGACUUUUGGAACUUCUAGUAGAGGACGAGUCCGAAAGUUGACUGAAAAAGCAAAAGCUAAUUUAAUUGGUUGGUAACUUGUACCAAAAUAUUUUACUUCAAAAUCAUAAAGCAGGUACAGUUAAGGAAUACGUAGAACUAAGGCUUCUGCUUCCUUGCUGCUAUGGUGGAUUAGGGAAUGUUUUGAUUUGCAAAAAAAAAAACAAAAAAACAAAAAAAAAAACCACAAACAAACAAACUUACAAGACACUUCACUUCUUUAAAUGAAUAUAUAUAUAUAAAUAUAUACAUAUAUAUUUUAAAUGUUUGCUAUUUAUUGCCUUUAGAUAGGUUAUGCAUUUCAACAUUCAUUUCAUUCACUGUUUGAAACAAAAGAAAUUGAGGACCUAUAAUGAAUUCCCAGUUUAUUUCUGGAAAAGACAGUUCUGCUAUACUCUUAAGGAGCAUAAUAUUCCUAGUGAUAGAGCAUUUCAUGUUAAAAUGAAUUAUUUUUGACCAAGCCAGGUACAUUUCUAUUGAUACAGAAGGUCGUGCCCCUAGGAAGACAGAUGUUACCAGAGUAGCAGUAAAUUCAGAAGUGUGUUUCCUCUAAAGAUAAAUAUAAAAAUUCCCACCAUUUGAUAACCCUAAAAAGUUUAAUUUAACUAUAGAUUGUUCAUCUACAAAGAAUCUAGAUGAGGCUUUUGCUGUAUUCCAUUUCUGCCAAACAUAAGAGAAAAUGUACUGAUGGAAAGGAAACAUAUCCACAUUGGAAAACAUUUGACUGUCUAAUUUUUCAGACCUUGAUUCUUAUAUCAAUCACUCAAUCUCUGUUUAUUGUGCCAAAGACUGAGAAUCAGUGCAGUGGAAAGCCUGUUUUUGACUGUCAGGACAGCAUACACUUUUCAAUAUUGGAAAGGCUAUAUAUUAUUCUAAAGAGCACGUUAUUAAAAAGAGUUAUGCUGAGAUGUAUCUUUUUUUGGUACUUAAUAGUAGAAAAUAAUGCACUGGUGGGUCCUUUGACAGAGAUGUUUUAGAGAAAAUGUUUAAGUGGUUAAAGGAUUCAAGGAGAAUACAGGAAAAAGGUAUGGGAUUUGAUGUUUACUUGUUGAUCUGGAUUAAUGUCGUUUCUAAACUUUAGACAUAUCUAAUAGGCUAAAAUGACUUACAAAGAAAUGUGUCUGUGUGUGUAUGUGUAUAUAUUGAUAAAUGGGUAUAAUUAAAUAUAUAUACAAACACAUACUUAUAUACUAUUACCCAGGUAUAAAUUCUUUUUUCAGGAUUUUUUAGAUAGUGGUAGAAUAAAAAUAAUUUUAAAAUGUCAUACUUUAUAGUUUAAUUUUAAGGGGAAGAUUGGUUAUUUUCAAUUAUUAAAGGUUAAAAUAGGCCAAAUCACUUUUUAUGCAAUCAUGUUUUAUACAGUGGUCUCAUUGCACAUUGUGUUUUUUCUGCACUUUUUAUGGUAUCCUUAUCACGCUGGUAUGUCAAUAUACACCCUAAAGAAAAAUUCCAUUUAAUGAUUGUGCCUUGUAUUCUAUUAUUUUUUGCAUCAUUAGUAAAAUUGAGUUGUCUAUUGUAAAUGAUAACUAUAUGACUUAGGAGAAUGUAUUGCUAUAUGUACUGCUAUGGAAAAGGAAAGCAGUUAUUUAUUUGUUUAUGGUACAGUAGUUAUUUUAUACCUUAAAAACCAACAUAAAUACCAUUUCUAUUGUUUAAAAAUUGUCCAUUUUUUUAAAAGUUUAAAGAAUGUAGUAUUUUCUGAGGACUGGUAUGGUACAAAAAUGUAACCAAAAUUUUCAGAUACUACAUUUUUAAAAAGUGAGGAUGGGAAAAUCUGUAUCAGCAUGACCCUGAUGUAGAAAAAUAAAGUCUUUAAUUGAACCUUGGCAAAAUACAUUACAUAAUUAUUUCUUUACUUAUUUCUGGUAGGGAUAAAUGUUAGCCGUCAUUUAAUUGUCUUGAAGAACAGUGGAAAGUGAUGCAUUUGGGCUUUUUAGAUCAUUUGUACCUAAAUUUGUACAGAAAACCUCCUGUGAAAUUAAGUAAACCAUUUUCCAGAUCUUAACUGGAUUGCUGUGAUUUUGCAGUUGAAAAAUAAUUUCAAAUUUUUCAGGUUUUUUGUAUAUUUAUUUUUUUCUAACAAAUAUAUUUAACUAUAUAAUUAAAAGUCAGUAGUUAAACUCUUCAUAAUGCAGAAAUGGAUGGCUUGGUUGUAUAGUAAAAUGAGUCUUUCAGUUACACCAUUAUUGAGAAUAAUGUGUAUGUUUGAAAUUUAAGUCAUUAAAGUAAUUUGUUGCUUUUGAAGGCAAUCUGUUUGAAACAUGUAAUUUCCUGAUGUUAUCUGCAUUGUGUUGGAAAAAAAAAUAGACUAUAAAUCCAUUUUUGUAAAAAAUAAGUGUACAGUUUUAAGGUGUGUACAGAAAAAGGAAGAGCGUACACAGUCUUAGAGUGGAAUAUACCUCUAGUAUGAUGUAUGGAUUAGUUCUAACUCUUGAGCAAAGAAAUGAGUAAUUACCAUCUUACAUGCAACAAGUAAAUGUAUUAUUUCUGUUCUAAAGACACUGUAUAUUUAUGACCUUAUUUGGACAUUAUUAGACAUUGGUUUCUUAGUAAAGCAAAAAUGACAUGGAUUCAGAUUCUUUGUAAUUAAAACAUUUAAAAAUGUAUUAGUAAUAUCAGAUAUAUUUAGAUUUUAUAUUUUUAUAAUUUAGCUUCUAUACAUUGCAAAAGUUGAAUUGAGAAAUUUAUGUCAUCACCGUAUUUUUGUUCUGUUUGACCAGAUAUCAAAAGUAUUGGAAAAAAUUACCCUCUUUAAGACAGUGACACCAUGUAUGUAUUCUUUGUAGGCCAAAAGAAAAUUUGGCAGUUGUCUUAGGUGAGCAAUAAAAACCUCAAGUUUAUUGAAAGCUUCAGAAAUAUAACUUAUUACAUACAUGGAAAAUAUAAGUCAAUUUCUGUAUUUUUAAGUACCUAAUCUCUCCACCUGGUAGUCUCCAGUCCCAAUCAAAUCUUAUAAAAUUAUAAAAGGUUGCAAAUGAGCAGUAUAAAUCAUUCAAUCUAAUUACAGUCUCAUAACUCUGGGCAAUAGAUCUAUACUUUCUUAAAAUUUUAUCCUGUUUUCUGCUUAAAUUUAUGUAGUAAAGAUUUGUUGGUCUUGUUUCCAUUGUUUUUAUUAUUGGCACAGCUUCACAAAUUUGAAGGCUCUUUGUUAACAUUAUUAUGAAACUAUCUUCCUCCUUAAAUUUAAUUAGAGUAACUGUAUAGAAUUGUUGUGGGCUUGAUCAUGUCACAUCUGAAAUACGAGUUUGGCAGAAUUUAGUAUCGCUUGGAAAUGAAUUGCGUUAAGAUAGACUGGUCUGCAAAAAGAUCCUCACGCAGCACAUGUGUGUUAACACCUAGAACUGACCCUUAUCUGGAGUGUAGUAUAUUAAUCAGACAUUUUAACAGACAUAUUCAAAUAACAUUUUGCUUAUGUUGUAUUCACAUUUACAUGUUUUAAAAUAUGAUUAAUAAUAUAAAUCAGUUCUUCUUGCUGAUGUUUAAUUCUAGCAUUCCACUUUAUACAAACAUAGCUUGUAUCUCUCAAAUGUCAACUAAAAGCAAAUUGUUAUUCUGAAUGUUUUUAUUCACCUGAAGUUAAUUUUUGAGUAGGUUGAAAGGACCAAGAUACUUGAGUGUUUAAAGGGCUAUAAGCAUUCUUAUACGCAGGAAAUACAUGGUUGUAGAGUCAUAAAAGGGGAAGUACUUAUACGUUCUGUGAAUUACCCCCAUACUAAGAAAGUACUUUUUACAUAACAGGUUGUGAUGUGGUUUAGUUAUGUUUAGGUGAGAAUUUAUUUUCCUAUUAAAAUUAGAAAAAUACACCUUUUCCUUACUUUCCUCCUUGCACUUCUCCAAAGUUCCCCAAAUUUCCAAGUGAUUUGAACUGAAUAUUACAUUUACUAAGAAACUACUUAUGUUCUUAAUUAUACUAAGCUAAGCACUCCAAAUGAUGUACUAUGUACAGUAACUAAGAAGAGGUCAAAUUGAGUUAGAAGACUGUAAGUACCACUUUUGGCGCUCCAGAGAUAAAUCUUGUACACACUACAGUAAAACAAUUAGAAAAUAUUAUGAGCUAUAAGUAUAUAUUAUUUUUAGUUUUGAUAGCUCUGUGUUGAAGUACUUCUUUUAAUGCAGAUAAAAUCAUCAGGAAAUUAACCUUUAUAUGGCACAAACCAAAUACGUAAUAGUGGGUGGCUAUGAGUUUCUACAUUUAAGGAGCUAAGAGAAUAGGUUUGAGAUGAUAUAUAGUACACGAUAGGAUACAGAGGCACACACAUGCUCAUGACUUUUAAGAUUGUGUGUGUUGAUUAAUCACAAUGAUAAACUAUAAAUUGAGGCAAAAUACAAAGUUACAUUUUUGGACCAUAUUAAAACUGCAAGAAGAUGAGGUCUUAUUAAAGAUCUUUUAGAAAACUGUUAAAUCCUGUCACAAGAUAUUUAGACGUGUAGAAUGUAGCUCAAUUUUUUAAAAGUAACUGACCUAGAGGGUUAAAGUUGAAACUGACACAUUUUCAAAUUAAAAUUAUACUUAUACUUAUUUUGUACAGAAAACAAUGUUAAACACAAGCAAAUCUGUUGUAUGUAAUAAGUAACAGAGUUUAAAGACAAAUUAUUUAGCUUUAUUGAGGUUUUUGUUUUUUUCCUUCCAGAAACCUGGAAGUAUCAUGUUAUAAACGGCAGUCUCACACCAGAAUAGCAGUGCCCUUUCUUUUUGUACAUAUUGAUUGGACCUUUCUUUACUGUUAUGUGGACACUUUCUAUGUUAGUUUUGAUGCAUAAUUCUUUGAAUCCUUUUAUACAAACUAGAAUGUAUGUGUAAGAAUUCCUGUCCCUGCAAUGUAGUAACUACAAACUUAUUUUUAAAAUAAAUAGAAAACUUGUUUUUCUAAG